AUGUUUUUCCUGUUUCUAAGCUGCAUACUAGCAGAAAUCUUUGUGUUUCAAAGACCAGGAGAUACAAUCACGAUAAAGUUUACACUCGAUCCGGAAAACAUCAAUACCGGAUUUUUCAAUCCUGAAGUGGGGCAUAACAUGAAGUUUAAGGUAAAGAUAGCAAGUAAAGACGAUAAACGGAUUCUAUAUCUAAACGAUUCCCUUCCUGAAGGCAAAGAAACACAUUUUUCAUUUAACAACACUGAUUCGCAGGACAUUUUACUCCACAUUCUAUCAAUGGCUGCCGAUGAAAAGACGCCAACCUCACCCUCUGAGUUUCAAAUGAAGUUUGAAAGUACUGCAGACACCUUCAACACAAAGGUAUCAAAGGAAGUACAGUACAAGCCGGCCAUCAACGCACUCAAUCAUUUACUUGCAAAGCUGAAUAACAUUACAACUACCACUAAAGAGGUAUAUAACAAGUCAGGCGAUUUGAGAAAUGAACAAAAGAAGAUGCUGUCAUUUGUGCUGGGAUUUUCUAUCAUUUCACUGUUUGCCUUUGCAGUAUUGAACUUCUUCAAGCUGUACCUGAUGAAGUCGUAUCUCAAUGAAAAGAAGUACUUGUAA